AUGGACUCGACCGCACAUUUUCUAUAUGCCGCCCACGAGCUUGACGCCCGCUCUGGGGGCAUGGGCGGGGACACCGGAACCCGCCCGGCUUCGUACAAAAUCGUUGGUCUUGUUUUGGCCAUCGCAUCGGGAUUGUUUAUCGGGUCGUCGUUUGUCAUCAAGAAGCAUGGUCUGUUACAGGCGAACACAAAGUACAACGAGGAGGCAGGCGAAGGCUAUGGCUACCUCAAAAACGCUUGGUGGUGGCUCGGCAUGACGCUCAUGAUUGUUGGAGAAAUAUGUAAUCUGGUCGCAUACGCUUUCACCGACGCUAUCCUUGUAACACCCAUGGGCGCUUUAUCCGUUGUCGUCUGCGCUAUACUGUCCACUAUAUUCUUAAAGGAACGCCUGAGUUUUGUAGGAAAAGUAGGCUGUUUCAACUGCAUCAUAGGAUCUGUAGUCAUUGCUGUGAACGCUCCACAACAAUCCUCGGUUGCCCGCAUCGAAGACAUGAAGAGAUGGGUACUUACCCCAGGCUUCCUCAGCUAUGCCGGUGUCAUCGUUGUCGCCUGUGUUAUAAUCGCUAUUUGGGUGGCUCCCAAGUACGGAAAGAAGACCAUGAUGGUCUACAUUACCAUCUGCAGUCUGAUCGGAGGACUCAGUGUCGUCGCAACCCAAGGUCUUGGUGCUGCAGUAGUAGCACAGGCUUCGGGCACGUACGGUGGCCAAUUCAAGCAGUGGUUCCUUUACGUGCUGCUAGUCUUUGUGAAAGCCUUGAACCUCUUCAACGCUGCGUUGGUAACACCUACAUACUACGUCUUCUUCACUUCCGCGACCAUUGUCACCUCCGCGGUGCUGUUUCAGGGUUUCAAAGGCACACCCCUCCAGAUCGUCACCGUCAUCAUGGGCUUCUUCCAGAUCUGUUCCGGAGUCGUCCUGCUCCAGUUAUCCAAGUCGGCAAAGGAUGUUCCCGACUCUGCUGUCUUCAAAGGAGAUCUCGAUCAAGUGCGAACUGUCGCCGAAAUGGAGGAGCCAGAAUAUGAGCCCCGAGCUGAUGCCCUCCGCGGCGGUUCGGCCAUCAUCCGAUCACUUUCGAAAGCCAGGUCACACAAGGAGCUUGCCGAGGCCAAGAAGAUACAGGAAGAGCAUAUGGAACCGAUUGGCGAAGGCGAGCAAGUGGAAUUUGACGGGCUCCGGAGACGCAAAACUAUCCUUGACCCUAGUCGGCCACCUACGCGCAACACCACAAUUGUACAGACAAGGACGAUACAUCCGCCUCUUGGCAUGUCGCAGUUCCCAACUGACGAUUCGGAUGACGAUAACGAUAGUUUCCACCCUGGUUUCUUCCAGCGAUUACGGUCCCGUGGCAAGUCUACCAGUAGUCGCGAUAGUGCGCGUACUCCCGUGCACUCUGUUGUUGGAAUGCAAAAUCUUCCGCCCAUCCCGCAAGCCGAUGGCUCAUCGGACCGCGACUCGGACGUGAACUCCUACAAGCACGACAUGUCACGAGACACUUCCUACAAAUCGCAUGAUACGUCCUACAAGCCGCUCGACAACCACAUCCAGUUCGCCUCGCUCCCCGAUCCGCCCCGCCACCACGAACGUAACGGCUCCGGUUCGUCCUCCCUCGCCCCUCCCAGAGCAUCCGCGCAAACAGCGAAACGCCAAUUCUCUUUCCAAAACGUCUUCACUCGCAGUCGUCCCGACUCGAUGGGCGAAUCGUCAAGCAGCAAGCGACCAACUAGUAGGCACAGUCGGAAGAGCAGCAGAGAACGCGCAGCAGUUGCCACCGCGACCGAGGAAGAGCGUUUGGGACUCGUUAAGGGCGAUUCCGCAAACUUGCUUCCCAUCGUCAGCCACGGUAGUAACGAAGCUGUACCAGAGUUGGCCGGUCCGCCAGUGUACUCAGACGACUGGGAUAUGGUGCGAACAGAGAGCCCAGGAUACGAGCCCGAGAGGAUCCAAACUUCGCAGCCAGGCGUCCGGCGAGUGGAGACGGAUAUGACCGAGCUCAGUCCUCGGGACGAUAAAGAAUACGAGAAGAAUGUUUCGGGACAAAGGCGUUUCUUGUAG